AAAAGCUGGAGAAGAUCCAUCAGAUUGGGUCUUAGAAUUCAAGAGAUUUGUAAUUGCAUCUCGAAUAAACGUUAUAGCUGGUGCAGGAGGAGUUGCUGGCUUAACAGGUAUUAAUGCAAAUCAGUUUCUUGGAGAAGUAUUAGUUAUAAGAAAUAAUGCUGAAGGUGAUAAUACAAUAAUUAGUGCUAAUAUUAUUCCAGUAGGUACAUGGGAUAAAGAUUGGAGUAUAGCUGGAGGGCAUCCUGCACCUAUAGGAACUCCAUCUCCAGCCAAUUAUACAAAUGCUGGUGCAGUUGAAGCACAAAAAAAUUUGCUUUUCUUUGGUCAGAUUGUGCAAGGAGGAUUAAAUCCUAUGAAUCAAUACAAUGUUCGAAUGAUGGCUAAAUAUCAUAAUACUAAAGAUAAUAUUACAAAAGCAUUAGUUGAAGCAGAAAAAUUUUCACUACUACAAGGCAAUUUUCUAUUCCCACCUUCUGGAGGUCAAGAGAACCAAAUUACACUUUCACAAGUUAAUUUCAAAAAAAUUAUAGCGAGUUUGAAAGGAACUAUUGCUAAAGGACAGCAAACUUUGAAGAAACCCCCUGGACCAGGGAAACAAAAAGCUGAUGAUCUUGUUAUAAACCAUUUUUUAGAUAAUGUUAUCAAUAACACAGAUUUAUUAGAAGAAGCUUAUAACUAUGAUCCCAUUGAAGAUUUGAGAAAACAAUUCGAGGAUUUGGAUAUCAAUCAAGCAAAACUAGCUUGA